CGGGAUUACCGGCUUCUUCUCGUCCUCCCGGUUCUCGACUGCGACCCCCUCCACUUUCUGCAUGAUACCUUUUGUUCAUUCCCCUCCCAUACCCUUCAGUCAAAUAGAUGCCUCCACACGUCAUCCGCCGGUUCAUCUAAUGUGUAGAUUGCCACUGGUGACAGUGCACCCAAUUGUGAUACCUAGACUACACCAGAAUACAGCACUUGUGAAAGACGGGUGCUCAGCUUAAGUGGGGUGCGGAACUUCCCGUCGCCACUGAACAGGCCGGACCAAGCAUGGAUCCAUUGAAUUUCUCAGGUCUGCGACCAGCGUUGAGCCUCAUUAUACACUACGACAAUAUUUCAGUCUUCACCCCCCCCCUGCUGUAUCAGACAAGAUGGCAGCUGCAGCGAGAGGAGUCAAGACGGGAACGAAGCAAGUCUUCUUACCCCAAGCCAUCGUGACGCUCUGCCGCCCGCCCACGAACCGGAUCCUCCCUCCCCAAUUCGCGCACUUCCGGGUGCCGCUUCGCUUCAAUAAGCUCGACAUCCGCGACUACCUGCAGAACCUCUACAACGUGGAGAGCGUGGGCGUGCGGUCACACAUCCUGCAGCGGUCGCCGCGGCGGAACCCCAUCACGCGGCGCAUCGGCCGUCCCCCGCCCUGGAAGUUCAUGACGGUCGAGAUGAAGCAGCCGUUUGUGUGGCCCGUGCCGUUGACCGAGGAGGAAACGCACAAGUGGCACAACGAGGAGAUGCGCCAGCGCAUCCAGGCCACCAAGCAUUGGAACGUACGCAAGCAGCAGAUCAAGCAGGCUGCGGUUGGGAGCAGCAAGCUCGUUAAUGAAACUCACGAGCGUGGACGGUUGGCGAAGCAGGCGCAUGAUUUGUUGACGGGGAAGGUUAAGUGGGAGAAUAAGAGGGAGCUGGAUCCGAAGUGGACGAAGGGGAAAGCUUCGUAGGAGGGAGUGGGUGGGGUUUGAGCUUGUGCAAUUGUGAUGGGUGUACGAUCACGGCGACAUACUAGAAACUUGUACAAACAUGUUGUAUGGUCCUGGGCGAGUCAUAGCAUCAAUGGCAAACGGACUUUUGAGCAACGGACCGGGUGUCAAGCAAAACAAUGUCGACACAAUGGAACCAUCUGGAACUCGUAUAGGGCAGUCUUUCGGUAGAGUUGCCUGGAUCAUCACAAAUUUUCGGCCUUGGAACCUGCCGGCCUCCAAUGAUUAGCUUGGAAGGCAUGAGUUCCUCUCUUCGGGAUACUCAUUUAUUGUUCUCCGCAGAGAAUGUUACAUGGAAAUGAUAUAGGGUGUUCCACAGUAGUGCUGUAGACAGAGUUCCCA